UCGUACGAUAUGUCAUUCGAUGAAAAGAUUAUGAAAGGCUUCUAGAAAUUACUGUAGUUGAAGACUCGAGUGGUCCUGCAUUGUAAAAACGUGUAACUCCAGAAUUAACCAAGUACGGAAUUCUGGAAUCAAAUAUCGUUUCAUGUUCAUUCGAUGGAAAAAAUAACAUGAAAGAGUAUUAUAACGGUUUACAGGCUCACCUUAAAAAGCUAAAUGAAAAUAUGACGUAUCUAUCACGUCUUGAACCUAGUAGCUGAUUCAGCAGUAAAGUAACUAGAGACAGAAAACUUGUUUGGAUUGGUGGGAGAAUCUGCGGUUUUUCUGAGUUCAUCUUACAAGCGAAUGGCAGUAUGGUAGAAAGAAACAAAAAACAACAUACAAACUUUAUAGACUGCAAAAGUCUCUAAGGCUCUAUUUUCGAUAAUUGAUGAAAGUGUGUUGAAGAAAACUGCCAAAGAUAAAUAAUUGACGUCAGUAAACCGUAUUAAAAAAACAUGAUGGUCAGUUUGAUUGUAAAUCUAGACAUAUGGCCAGAAAUUUGGCAAAUCAAUGAUCAAAAAUUAGAAACUCAUUUAUUUCAUUCGUUUUACAUUUGGUUCUUGUUAUAACUCCUGGUUCAAAAUAUUUGCAAACUAAAACAUUGAACUACGCUGUUGCUUGGAAUUCAUUUCAAUCACUGCUCAAACUAAUUAAUGAAAAAAGAAAUGAUAAACAUUUUGAAAUUGUAUACACGAAAAUAAAAGAGUAUGCGCCAAGAGUCUGCUAUUAAUUGUAAAUCGAAAGAAUAUCGGAAGAAUCGGAAUAUUGAUAUGGAAAUAAAAUUGCAUUUCACGGAAAGAAGAAUUUCAAAGAAAAAACGGAUGUCUGGAAAAAAUCAAAAGAUGAUUCUCCUAAAAUCUCAACAAAAAUAAUUACAAGUCAGUAUUUUUCGAUGUGUUAGAACCAGCAAUGAAGAAAAUUUUUGUCCAAAUAGAGAAAUUUUAGUGGACCUGUCUUGGUUACACCCAAGAAAGUUCAAUGAAAUAAGCUUGAAGAUAUUCCAACUGUAGUCUUCUCUUGUACUUCAAACCUGCAAAGUUUGAAGACGUUGAUUAUUAACAUAAAUAAUUUGCAAUCAGUUCAAAAGUUUCAUGCAAAUCGAAAAUACUCAAGAUGAACAAAUCCCAGGCGAAAUGUUAAACAAAGCAGAAGGAAAUUUAGAUUACUGUCAAAUUGAUUCAGAACCUAAAUCAGAAGAAGCAACUUUUCGUGGUCUACGUAAUGACAGUAAAGCAAUUGUCAUGUGUUCGUCAUGCGUAUUUUCAGUUCUUUUUUAUUUCUCUGGAUCGGGCUUAUUCAUUCACUUGUAUGUAUAUUAUAAAUACGAUAUUUUGUAUACAGGUUACCUGUGAAAGAGUAUUUUUUGAGUUAAAAAUAAUCAAGAAUCGUCUUAGGUCUAGUUCAAGCCAAAACCUUAUUUCUAUCCUAGUUUUUAUGAAUAUGGAAAGAGAUUUAUUUUCUGACUUGGACAAAGAUGACAUAAUUAAUGUCAUGGGCAGGAGUUGUGAAGAACUUACCAAAGACUGAAAGGAUAGUUAGUAAAAUCAUCAAUUACUCAACUAGCACUGUGCUAAGAAUUUGUUUUGUAUUUAUAUUGUUAACAACAGUAGUCAUUUUGACCUACUUCAUAUAAUGAUUUAUUUUAUACUUUUAUUUCAUUAUUAUUUUAGGCCCUAUUUUACUUUUUAGUAUCAAUAUACCAAGUUGUUACCUUAAAGUUCAGUUUAUAAUUGUACAUUUUUUUUGUCCUGUGUUUUUCAUUUUUAUGUUCGUAGUUACGUCAUUGGUCUCUCAUUGAACUCUCAUUCUACUUCAAUUAUAACCACUUUCAAGGACUACUGAAUGCAUAAUAUUGUUCUUUCAAUUAGAGAUACAAUAAUAAAUUAAUCUAAAUUUGCUGCUGGAGGCAGAAUACUUUGAGAUUCAUUCAAACCUCAACCACCAUAAUUUAAAAUUAUUCAAGAGCACGUUUUGGCUGCCGUGAUAGGUUCUCGUUUUAUUUCCUGAAGGGGGGCCCCAAAUCAGCAUCUAGCCGAGAGCCCCAAGUGGAGCCAGACCGGGCCUGUUUGUCCCUUUUCCUAAAUCAAACUAGUAAUGAAUUGCGCAGGUGCACAUUCAGUAUCCAGUCCCGUUAGUCGUGUACGUGUUCGAGUACAUAAAGGUGCUGGUACGCUAAAUAGUUUAGUAUCAGUUUGACAGUGUUGAAAGCAGAGCAGUAAAUUUUGAAGCCGAAAAGAUGUCUUUAGACCAUCUAUAUGAAUUCAACUUCGAAAAGUUGUACAACAAUUGUACAGAAAGGAGUAUAACAUUCGAGGAGGAUUGUAGCGUAUGUUUGAGUAGAUUGACAGGAGAAUUGUACCUUACCGAUUGUGGACAUUCAUUCCACAAGGAGUGCAUCGACAUGUGGUGCUCCAAUUCCAAAUGUUGUCCCAUGUGCAGGACAAAUUUAAUUUUCGAAGAAACCUUCAGUAUCUUCGAUACUAAUUGGAAACCUGUCAAUAUCCAUCGGUUCGACAAGAUGGACAGUGAUGAAGAAGAUGAUGAGAGUGAAGAAGAUUAUGAAAGUGAAGAAGAAAAAGAAGAGAAAAAUGAAGGCCAAACCAACGAGGAGAUUUAAUGGAGGAAAUAUCAUUAGUAUUUGGUUUGUUUGGAUUCAUGCUGUAUCGCUUUAUAUAUACAUAUUUUAUUUUGAAUUAUGUUGUGUUCACAUGUCAUCUUGAUUUCUGCAAAAUUUUACAUCUCUAAUAAAUUAUAAAUUGUGUUAUAUUUAAA